AACCAUGUGAAGUUGGCUGCGCGCAAUGUUGGCCCUAUAAACAACAAGAAGCACAUGAAACGAGUGAAACUAUUCAAAUUUAAUUGGAAAUCUAAGUAAAUAAACAAUAAAUAUGGCACGGACAGAGUUGGAGUCGAAGAAGCAAAAGCGUAAAGCCAAAAAACGUAAGCACGCAAGCAGCGACGACGAAGUGGCAAACAAAAGUUUAAUUGUGGAACAGCAGCAGCCAGUGCAAGAAUCAGAAACGCAGACGGAGACGAAGGCGGAACAAACAGCUCGCAAAGCAGGCAAGGCGUCCAAGCGCAGGCAACAGCAAGAAAUCAGUGCGAUCAAAGAGAAACGCAGCAAGCAAACAAAUGACAGCAAAGAGGAAGCAGCAGAAGAGAACGAAGUGGUGGGGGAGGGGGAGGAAAUGCCCACAGCAGAGCAACUGGAAGAGGCAGCAAAGCCCGAGAACUCCAAUGCGGUUGUAACGGUGCGACAAAAGAAGAAGCAAAAGCAUUUGCAGCGACUGGAAGCGCAAAAGGAUCAAAAUGCCGACAAGGAGGCAAAACGUAAUGAGGAGUAUCUAAAAAAGUGGCGCGAUAAUCGACAAGAUUGGAAAUUUGAGAAAUUGCGACAAAUUUCAAUACAACAAACCGCCUUCGAUGACCAAAAAUUAUCCGAAGAUAUUUGGGAAAUUGCACUGGAAUAUUUGGCAAGUUCCAAGGGAGCGGCAAAGGCAAUUCUAACCAAACUGGCCGAGGAUGUCAUCCAGGAGCUGGACAAACAGUGUGACCAGCUCAGCGAAGAUGCGGAUCGCAAAACAAUUGUGGAAUCAACGCGAUAUCAGCGAGCUCGCAAUCUGCUGCAGAGUUUCGACUGAGCGUUUUUAGUUUUAUAGUUUUGAAUACGAAAAGCAACAAAUGCGUUCUUGUUAAUGUUUAGUGUUAAAUAAACAAAAUAAUAAAAAAAAGAGUUAUAUAUUUACAAAUCAACAUAA